AUGGUGUCCAAGUUGCUUAGCGUCAUAACCGCCUCUCUGGCCUUCUUCGCCGCGUCCUCAGCCUAUGUGGUGCCUCUCGAGGGCGAGGACGGCAUCUACGUCGUCCGCACCGACGGCACCGGCGCCGAGGUCCACACCAAGAUCGCCGACAUCGACCUCUCCCUCGCCAACGCCACCGCCGCCGCCACUGACGCCGAGGGCCUUGAGAAGCGAGCCGUCGCCUGGCCCAGCGGCACCUAUCCCGUCUGCGUCAGCCUCCAGUGGAUCGGCCAGUGGGACUUCUACAACGGCGGCGCCUGGCAGUACUUCUACAACGGCUGCCUGGAGGAGGGCGGCCGGCGGUUUUACAACGGCGAGUCGCUCUACAGCCGUUACGGCACCGCCGUCGCGUACAUGUGCUCGUACUCCCCCAGCGGCAACCCUUGCAGCGUCGGGGAGUGGGUGGACGCCGUGAACUGGAUUGCCGGCACCUGCUCCGCACGAGGCAACGGAUACAUGGAGUCCGCGUACCUGAGCAUUCCUGGCUGGAAAAAGGCAUACGGAUACACUACUGCUGGUUCCGGGUUCUGCUCUUGA